AUGAAGAAAGACAUGGCUUACUUUGUUGUUAUUCUCAUACAGUUAAUAUAUACAGGCAUGUUUCUACUAUCGAAAGCGGCGUUUGAUGUUGGUAUGAGUACUUGCAUCUUUGUUUUUUACAGACAGGCUGCUGGAGCUCUCAUCUUGGUACCGUUUGCGUAUAUCAUGGAAGGCAAAGAUUCACCUCCACUCACCUUCUUGACGUUUUGCAAGAUUUUUGGGCUCUCUUUGUUAGGGAUUACAACUAGCUUAAAUAUCCAUGGGAUUGCCCUUAAAUAUACAUCUGCAAGCUUAGCUGCUGCAGCAUCAAAUUGCCUUCCUGCCGUUACAUUCUUCAUGGCUUGUCUAAUGAGGUUUGAAAGUGUAAAACUUCACACAAGCUCUGGUAUUGCAAAGAUUACUGGCAUAGUCAUAUGCCUUGGGGGUGCAGCCACAAUGGCUUUCUUUAAAGGACCAGAGUUGAGAUUGUUGUUGCACCAUCACCUUUUAUCGAGCCAUGCUCAACUUAACGUAGCAAGUUCAAGUUCUAGUAGCACUUGGGUUAAGGGUGUGUUCCUCAUGCUCCUUAGCAUCAGUUGUUGGGGAGUUUGGAUUGUUCUUCAGGCAAGUGUAUUAAAAAGCUAUCCUUCAAAGCUGAGUUUCACAGCUCUUCAGUGCCUUUUGAGUUCCAUGCAGUCGUUUGUGGUUGCCAUUGUCUUAGAAAGAGAAGGUUCUCAAUGGAAACUUGGUUGGAAUAUCAAACUCCUCGCUGUGGCCUAUUGUGGUUUUGUGGUAACGGGGUUUACAUUCUAUAUGCAAACAUGGGUGAUUGAGAGGAAGGGGCCAGUUUUUCUUGGAUUGUCUACUCCACUCGCUUUCAUAUUUACCACCGUCUUCGCAGCUUUACUCAUCGGAGAAAUUAUCAGUUUGGGAAGUGUCAUCGGUGGAAUCUUCUUGAUUGGGGGCCUUUACUUUGUUUUAUGGGGGAAAAGUAAGGAAGAAGAGAUAUUUGACCACAAAGGGUGCUCAAACGUAAACAUCACAGUUCGUUAAGGUAGUCCAUUUCCAUCAUAACUUUCUUCUUCCUAAUUAUGAGUUAUGAUCAAGUUUUUUUUAUGCUAUGUUUAGUGAGUGACAUGGUAAAACAAAACUUAUGUUUAAAUAGCUUGUGAUACUCGUUUCUUGUUUUCUAUACAUACAUAGAUAUAUGUAUUAUAUGUAUAUUAUAGUAUGUGAUAUUCAUUUUUGUUUUAUC